AUGUUUUUCCUCGAGUCAGAUGACGAAGCCUUGAAGAAAGAUGACAGAAGCUUGAAAAAAGUUGACGAAGCCUUGAGGAAAGGUGACAGAGGCUUGAAGAAAGAUGACGAAGACUUGAAGAAAGAUGACGGAUCCUCGAAGAAAUUCGCACGGCUAAAGGAGCCAUUAAAAGACAGCAAUCCUUCAACUUGCCAUACCACUGUUAAAUCCAACAGCAACUCUCACCCUUUUGACAUCAGUAACUUUGUUUGCUGUGUAGCGGUGCUCUCUGAUGCUGAGAAGUAUGACGUUCUUUGCAAGGUUUGGAGACCUAAAAUAGAUUAUACCUUUCCAGUUAAUACAAACUCUAGAAGACGCUUUCGUCAUGAGUGGUUAACCUCUUUCCCUUGGUUACGUUAUUCUGCUGCUGUAGAUGGUGGUUUUUGUUUCAAUUGCGUUCUGUUUGGUGGCGAAAGCACCCACAAUUCCACGAAAUUGCAGCGAUUAUUUAAAUUCCCUCUUCAUGCAAGGACGGCAAGUGUAGAAAAAUUAGAAGAUCACAACGAGAAGUCUCCUAUUCAUAAAACAGCGACCGUCCGAGCAAUGCAUUUCAAACAAGUGAUGGAGAACCAAAGAAUUGCUGUUGAUGCUCAAAUCAAUACUGCAAGGCAGGAAUUAAUUGAGAAGAACAGGAUGUGCCUUAGUCCGAUUGUUGGAGCGAUUUUGACAUGUGCUCGGCAGAAUAUUCCACUUCGUGGUCAUCGUGAUGAUGCACACCAUUAUCUUGGGAACGACACAUCAAAUCCUGGUAAUUUCAUUGAAAUUCUUAAGUAUGGUGCUUCGUUGGGAAAUCUUACAGACGUUGUCUUUGAAAGCUGUCCCUCCAAUCAAACAUAUCGAUCCAAAAGUAUACAAAAUGAGAUCAUUGAAAUCUGUGGCGAAAUGGUGACCGACAAACUUGUUGGUGAUGUGAAAAGAGCAAGGUUUUUUUCAGUUUUAGCAGAUGAAGCAACAGAUUGCUCAAACAGUGAACAGAUGGCUAUGGUUUUGAGAUUUGUUGACAGUUGUUCAAUGAAAAUUCAAAAAGAGUUUUUAGGAUUCAUUCAGUGUAAUGAUGGAUUGUCUGGCGAAGCAUUAUCUGUAAACAUUUCGCAAUUUAUUGGCAGCCUUGGCUUACGCAUGGAAGAAUGUCGCGAUCAAGGAUAUGAUGGAGUGGGAAAUAUGGCUGGCAAGUUCUCCGGAGUUGCUGCUCGAAUCCAGCGAAACUUCGACAAAGCUAUUUACGUUCACUGUGGAUCUCACAUCUUAAAUCUCUGCGUUGCAUCUUCCUGCAGUUUACCUGUAAUUCGUGACAUGAUGGAUAACAUGAAAGCUGUUUCUGAUUUCUUCAAUAAUUCUCCAAAACUAACUCUGGUGUUGCAAGAAAGCCUAAAAAUGUUACUGCCCCUUGAAAGCCAUCAGAAACUGAUAAACGUGUGCCGAACUAGAUGGGUGGCAGGAAUUGAUGGUCUACAAAUUUUCAUCCAGUGUUAUACGGCUAUCAUUGAUGCCCUGGAUCGUUACACAGCAAGUGGUAUGAAGAGUGCCGUUGAAAAGUUUAAAUUUAUUGUGGCUCUUGUUGUUGUGGAACGGUGCCUUAAAUGUACGAAGCCCCUGACUCUUCAACUUCAGAGUGCAUCACUCCACGCUGGAAAAGCUUGUGAUAAAGUCUCCCUUUUGUUCCUAACCCUCAACGAACUUCGAUCGGAAAUGGGUAAAACACAUUUGAAUCUCUAUGAAGUGGCAGUGAAUUUGGCAGAAGAGGCAAAUAUAGCACCAUCAAAACCCAGAACGACCGGACGUCAAGUUCACUGUGAAAAUGUUCCUGCCGAGUCAACUUCAGAUUAUUUUAAGAGGGUCAUUACCAUACCUUUUCUUGACGAGCUAAUAGGACAGAUGGAGUCGCGAUUUUGUGAAGGAAACCUUGACGCUCUCGAUGCAUUAAAUGUCAUGCCUGAUAUAGUGUCACAACAUGUUCCUGUGAAAGAUCCAUUUCUACUUUGCGGCGAUUGA